ACGUGGGGCCCGAGUCCCACAGUCGAGUGGGUAAAUAAAUAUUGAAUUCGUCUCUUCUCCUUCUCCGGCGCCGGCUAGCACAUGGUCACGAACACGUACAUGGGAUGGGCAUCCGCCAAUUCGGACGACAGGACGCAGGACGAGGACCCAGGGGGAGAGCAGCCUCUCGGCGAGUUGCCGAUCUCGACCCCAAGCCAGAGGCGGGACCAGGUAAUCCCCCAUUCGCAAGUGGUUAUGUGAAACCACUCCUCCCCUCCCACAGCCGGCUCACACGGCCGGCGUCGCCCACCCUUUCGCCAGCUAGGACGCAAUGCGCUACUCGCUGCUGGCUCACAGAAGUCGUUGGUGAUCACUCUUCAUUGACGCAGGAACAUCCGCUAGCUCUCGACGUGCCCGGCCGCCCAAGCUCAGGGGCAACAGCCCCGACUAAGCCAUACUCGUGGCCGUCCCAAGCCGCCCCUCUCUUCCAACAACCUGGUCCAAGUCGCUCCAUCCUGUCGUAGUGAGUGAUGGACGCCAAAAGGAGGGCAACGAUAUGGGCCAUGGGGCUAAACCCCCCUCCCGCCCAUCCGAUAGAUUCGCCGCGGCUUCGACCUCGACCUCGACCCCGACAAGACGAGGCCCGGGAUCAGGGCCAAGAGCCAAAAAAGAAGACGAGAGUGCCACUGGAGUGGUCUGCCGAGGGGAACGAGCUUGGCAGAACCAAAAGAAAAAAGGGGGGAAAGAGCAAAGCAACGCGCAGACUCUCAAAGGGUCCGAGAGCACUCAAUCAGAGAUACUGAGUUUGAUGAGCCUGUGGGCUGGCGGCGCACACAAGCGGCUUAGCGGCAGCUGGGGGUGCCACGACAAGCUUGUGCCCCGAGAUCCGUCCAACCGCUGUCACCACAUCAAAUGAUCUUUUGACGAUCGUCCCUUGCCGAGACCUUGACUGCUGCGUUGGAGCCGGCUUCUACAACGUUUGACCUAGAUUGUCCGCGCUCGUCGACGGAUGUGAUGGAACUAGGCGCCAUCAGGGCCAUCCACGACGUGGUCGCGAUGAUGCAUUCUCCGCCACAUUAACACCACGCGACGCCGACACCGACACAUUGCUGAUUCACACACUAUCCGCACCUCUUCGCGGCCCCCCCUUCCCCCAUUUCGGCCCCAUGUCGCCCCCCGUGCGACAUCGACGAUUUCUUCUUAUCUGUCUCGCGCCGUAUCCGUGAUCCAACGUGCCGAACGGGGUGACCGGGCUCGGCCUCAUCGUCGAAGAAGAAAAUAACUUGCCAACUACCCCGCUGGCAUCCAUACGCGUUCGGGUUCAGCUUUCAAGCAGCAGAUGCUAGAAAGCCAAUUCCUCCAAUUCGCAGGCUUGGCUUUUCCCAACUCGCACCCCUCGAACCGGCUUAGUACAAAGUCAUUACCAGUGCCUGGAUGUUUCAACAACGGGACGGGCUGCUCAGACACGAGCAGUCCCGGCUCGCCUCUGCUCACCAUGCUCACUUUGCGGCCCGUGUCUGCCCGUUUGAGGAAAUUGGCCCUGCAGCUAAUCCCGCGGGCGUGGACACCAUCUCCGAGCUGGGAUUGGCACCGGCCGGCAUGCAACCGCCAAAGAACCCGAACCCGCCUCGGCUUCGCUCGAUUUGGAUGCCUCGCGACGCCGCGCGCCGUCUCGCGAGUCACACUCCCAACCCGCACUCGUACGAACUGACUUCAUCCCGCUCUUCGACCAGUCACGGUCUUCCUCUUUUUACGACGCUUGCAAGCCUCGUCGACGCCUCUCAAGAACCCCCUCACCCCAAUUCUUGUAUCAAUUGACAACCACUCCUGCAACCAACUUCAAGGUCAACAAACAUGGGUUCCGCCGACUGCUCUAUGGUGGACGCACAACAGGCCCGUCUGUCGUCGUCUUCGUCGACUGUAGCCUGCUGGCUUAAAACCCAUCAUCACUUCUGAAGCCUCGCACCGACGUAACAAUGCUCAGUUGCUGGCUAGGAGACUCCUCGAGCGAUGUGCUGCCACUAGGUCCCCAUCCUCGGCCCGUGGUGGAGCGGCUCCUCUUUCCCAUGUAGACGGUGCGUUUUGUCUCCGUCCGAGGCUGGACUCUCUGCCUCAGUAUCCGUACAAAGCAAGCCACCGCGCUCGCGGGUCCAAGACGAAUGUCAAUGCUCCAGGCUCACGGCCCAUAGCCUCUGCCAUCCCAUCCCAUCGUGGUCUUCUCAGCCGGGGUUUGCCACGCUAAAGGACGAACAGAUGCCCUAUUUCAGGAACGCGCACGCUUAGAGCCUGUUGACUGCAACGAAUCGCUGCAGCGUGUCGGAGCCAGUCGACACCAUCACGGCUUAACAACGAGGCGAGGUUAAUCUCGACGGCUCCAUCGUGGCACCCAACCCACUUGAUCGCCGUGGUUCUCCGAGAUCUACGGCAAGGCCCAUUCCCCGCAGACUUUUUUCUGAAGCACACACAGAACGCUCCUACCUUGGACGCGCUGUCCUACAGUCGUUCCGCACAGGUUUCGCGACGGAUGCAAGGUUUCGACGGGCUCUGGCGUCGCCUUGAAGCACUUGGCAUGGGACGAGACCGCCUGUCUUUUCUUCCGCAUUGACGCAGCCUUGGUCACUGACAGACACGAAGGUACGAGAAAUUCAUCUCCGAGGACGACGCCUUCUUCCCGAAACAGAACGAUGAAACGCCGGGCAUCUGUCAUUCGGCCUCUAGAAAGGUAUUGCCAUCCCGUCCAGGGGUCGGCCUAUAGGCGUCCGGACUCGCGGUCAUCUUUCCUCCAGAGACCAUCAGCCGUUCUGCGCCAUCUCGAUAACUCUAUUUACGGCCUGCGUGGCAGCGGUGCUUUGCCAAAUAGUCAACCAAGGUCCGAGUAUCCAUCGACGUGACGUGAUGGCGAGUUUCGGCCAAUUUCAUCAAUGUGAGCGUGGCGUCUGAAACUUUCAGGAACGGAGAUGUCGCUGAAAUGCGUAGCUUCCUAACGGGGUCUAAAAGUCUGGAGCACCCUGGAGCCAGUAAGAGGGGGUUACAGUUCGGUCAGACCGGCUGCUGAUCAUGUGGACCGUUUGGAGUCAUGUGUCGUGGGCAUUACGCCGUAGACUCUGUGACCAUGAGGGCUCAGAAAGGAAGAAGGCACGAAGCGAGGGUGUGCGAAUAUGGCGAAUCGUUGCUAUGGAGCCUGAGGGGAUGUGAUCGGCCGUAGGUUGCUGAUCUUCUUCCUAGCUUUGGGCAAUUCAUCGAUCCCACGAACCUGUAGUUGCGGAUAGCCGUGUACCAAAAGAGGAAAGCAAUCAAUACAACAGACACAGCACAGGGUCUACUCUCUCCAUUCCUCGGGGGCUCAACCCGAAAUUUAGCUGGCCUAGCCUCCUCAUC